AUGACGAUCACUUCCACUUUCACAUCCUGGAAGUCUCUUAUUCAGGAGCAGGUGAUGGCACCCGAUUUCAAAGCCUCUCUCCACACACCUUCACCCUUCCCAGUGCCCUCCAAUCCACAAGAACCCGUGAAGUCUGCGUGUCUCAAGCAGAAAUACCCAGUCGCCGAUUCAACUGCAUCCACGUCUCAGUCCUGUCUCACAGGGGAAAUUACAGCUGACAGGAAGGAGUGCUUCCAGGCUCCGACCUACAUGACCUCACCUCUCGUGUUCUGGACCCCAGGCUUCCAGGCUCCGACCUACAUGACCUCACCUCUCGUGUUCUGGACCCCAGGCUUCCAGGCUCCGACCUACAUGACCUCACCUCUCGUGUUCUGGACCCCAGGCUUCCGGGCUCCGACCUACAUGACCUCACCUCUCGUGUUCUGGACCCCAGGCUUCCGGGCUCCGACCUACAUGACCUCACCUCUCGUGUUCUGGACCCCAGGCUUCCGGGCUCCGACCUACAUGACCUCACCUCUCGUGUUCUGGACCCCAGGCUUCCGGGCUCCGACCUACAUGACCUCACCUCUCGUGUUCUGGACCCCAGGCUUCCGGGCUCCGACCUACAUGACCUCACCUCUCGUGUUCUGGACCCCAGGCUUCCGGGCUCCGACCUACAUGACCUCACCUCUCGUGUUCUGGACCCCAGGCUUCCGGGCUCCGACCUACAUGACCUCACCUCUCGUGUUCUGGACCCCAGGCUUCCGGGCUCUGACCUACAUGACCUCACCUCUCGUGUUCUGGACCCCAGGCUUCCGGGCUCUGACCUACAUGACCUCACCUCUCGUGUUCUGGACCCCAGGCUUCCAGGCUCCGACCUACAGCACCAAGGCUCCGCCAGUGGACACCAGGCCUGCAGGACCCCCUGUGUGUGCUGCGCAAGCCCUCGCCCUAAGCUUCUCCCUGACGCACGUAGGAGUUUGUCCCUGGAUUGCACGCUGUGCCUAA